AUGAAGUUGAAUGGCGCGGACGCAACUUCCGCAGGUAUAGAGUACCUGAAAGCUGGUAAGAAACCACCCGCUAAAGGUGCUACGGGUAAACACGUCAAACAACAGUCUAGCAAAUCUAGUAGUAAGGCGACAAACGCGCGUUCUAAAUCAGAUGUAAAAACUGUAAAAUGUUUUAGGUGCGGUAAACAACACCUAGCUUCCAAAUGUACGCUCAGUCGUGAUGUGCGUUGUCAUGGCUGCGGGAAGUUAGGACAUUUGCGUGCGGUAUGCUUCGGAAACAGCUCCUCUGCAAACCAGUUGCAAGAACUUCUACAAUUAGAACACAUACACGCUCGUGAUAAAUUCAUGAUUACUCUCGAGGUAAAUGGAAAGUAUGUAGAAUUUGAAGUGGACAGUGGAGCAGCUGUUACGGUAAUGAGUAAGUGCAGGGCCGCUACUCUCUUUCCCGGUGUGCCCGUUUACCAUACAGAUCUAAAGUUAAUCUCAUAUUGCAAUCGUACCUUGCGGAGCGUAGGAUAUGUUUCGGUGAAUGUAAAAUUCAAAUCUGUAAGCAAGAAAUUAAACGUGUAUUUAGUAACUGGCAGUAAGAAACCACUACUCGGCAGAGAGUGGAUACGACAAUUGUCAAUUGAAUCUGAUUUCUGGCAUUGCAAGGCUUCAAUAAAUCGAGUAGAAAGCCAAGAAAAUAAGUUACAAUCGGUAUUGCAAAGAUUUCAAACAGUAUGCUCUACUGAACCAGCGGCUAUCAAAGGCGUUCAAGCGAAUUUAACAUUAAAGCCAAAUGCCACGCCGGUAUUCGUAAGAGCUCGACCUGUACCAUUCAAAUUGUUGCCGCUAGUAGAGCAAGAGUUAGACAGAUUAGAGUCCGCUGGUAUUCUUGAAAAAGUGGCUACGUCCAAAUGGGCGACCCCUAUAGUCCCAAUUCUGAAACGCGAUGGGAGCGUCCGCAUCUGUGGCGAUUACAAAGUCACGGUAAACCCGCAGUUAAUUGUUGAUGAUCACCCCCUCCCCACCACGGACGAACUAUUUGCAAAACUUGCGCGUGGAACUAAGUUUUCNAAAAUUGACUUAAAACAAGCGUACUUACAAUUAGAAAUUGUUCCGGAGGAUCGUGAAAUACUGACUUUAAGUACUUGCAAAGGCUUAUAUAAAGUAAAUAGGUUAAUGUAUGGAAUAGCUUCCGGGCCUACAAUAUGGCAGCGAGAAAUAGAAAAUAUUCUUAGAGGCAUCAAAGGAGUCGCGAUCUUUAUAGAUGACAUUAUCAUUACGGGUGAAUCAAAUGAUAUACACUUGCAACGCCUAGAAGAGGUGUUACNACGAUUACAUAAGUAUAAUAUUAGACUAAAUUUGGAAAAGUCCAGUUUCUUUUUGGACGAGGUUAGUUAUUGCGGUUAUAUUUUAAGUAAAGAUGGAAUUCGCAAAGAACAACAUAAGAUGGAAGCAAUAAAGAGUAUGCCCCGUCCUACAAAUGUAUCCGAAGUUAGAGCUUUCACGGGAAUGGUAAAUUAUUAUGGUAGGUUUAUAUCACAUCUAAGCACUAUCUUGCACCCACUAAAUAAAUUGUUGCGCAAGAAUGUUCCAUUUCGUUGGACAGCAGAGUGCGAGAAAGCUUUCAAAAGGGCGAAAGACGCUUUCGUAAGCGACAAUNUGCUGGUACAUUUCAAUUCAAAAUUGCCUCUGAGCUUAGCUACAGAUGCCAGCUCAUACGGAGUUGGUGCUAUCCUAUCUCAUAAGUAUCCGGAUGGAUCGGAGAAGGUGAUACAGUAUGCUUCGCAGGCGUUCUCGAAAACGCAAUCAAAGUACUCCCAAAUCGAUAAAGAAGCCUACGCCAUUAUUUUUGGAGUAAAGAAGUUCUUUCAAUUUUUGUACGGAAAUAAAUUCACGUUGAUUACGGAUCAUCGUCCGCUAGUACAAAUCUUUUCGCCUGUAAAAAGUUUGCCAAUCUACUCUGCUAUGCGUAUGCAGCAUUACGCUAUUUUUCUUCAAGGAUUCAAUUACGACAUUCAAUAUAGACGAUCGGAGAAUCAUUCUAACGUAGACUGUUUGUCCCGAUUACCGAUUCGUCAGCACGAGUCUUCAACCGAUUUGAUCGACAUUUUUCAAUUAGAGCAUAUUAGUACACUUCCGGUAACGGCUGAUAAAAUUGCCGAGGAAACAAAAAAAGAUAAAGAACUGUCUGAGUUACUACAGGCAUUGCAGACCGGAAAACAGAUUCAAAAAUCGAAACGAUAUCAGUUAGAUCAGAUAGAAUUAAGUUUACAAAAUGGCGUGAUCAUGCGCGGUCCUAAGGCCGUUAUUCCAAAAACGUUGCGUGCUCAAUUACUCGAUGAACUGCAUUCUGGGCAUUUCGGAGUGGUAAAAAUGAAAAAUUUAGCUCGGCAGUAUUGUUGGUGGCCGGGGAUUGAUAGCGAUAUAGAAAAUUUAGCAAAAAACUGCGCAGACUGCAGAAUGCAUAUGAACAAUCCNCCGAAAGUAGCUGUGCAUCAUUGGCAACCACCUACCGCCCCUAUGCAGCGUGUGCAUAUAAACUUUGCAGGACCAUUCCUGGGGAAAAUGUUCCUUGUUUUUGUUGAUGCAUACUCNAAAUGGCCGGAAGUGCACGUUAUGACCAAUAUCACUGCUGGAAACACAAUUACAAAGUGCAGACAAAUAUUUGCGUCAUAUGGUUUACCACAAACUAUUGUUACGGAUAAUGGUAGAACNUUUACGUCUGCAGAAUUUGAAGAAUUUGUACAAUCGAAUGGUAUUGUACAUAGGUUCACCGCGCCGUACAAUCCUGCCACGAAUGGCCAGGUAGAACGUUUUGUACAAACGUUUAAGCAAGCAUUGAAACGUGCUCANUGCAAUAAGUCAGAUUUAGAUUCUGCGAUAAGUAGAGCGUUACUGCAAUAUAGAAUUAUGCCGCAUGCUACCACAAAUAAAUCUCCAGCGGAAAUGUUUCUAGGUAGGAAAUUGCGUACGCGUUUAGACCUUAUCAUACCUUCCGAACGGGAAAAGAAUGUACCAAGUUGUGUACAAAUAUCUUCAAAGUCUUUUUUACGCGGAGAAAGAGUGGCAUGCAGAAAUUAUACCCAAAAUGUUAAGUGGAAAUUCGGUANAGUUACUACUAGAGUAGGAAAGCUACACUAUAACGUCCUAUUGGAUGAUGGACGUUCUUGGAUUAGACAUACAAAUCAAAUGCGUCGUAUCGGUCAGAAUACUCCUGAAGUAAGAGAUUGUAUGAGGAACACGGACUAUUGGGAAACUGAGGUUGAUGGGGAGUCAAACAAAGACGAUAAGGCGCCGGAUGAACCUGUCUCUCAACCUCGACCACAGUCUCCACAACCGGAGGUAGGCGAGCCAGCGCACGUGCAAGAUGAUGUACCGGUUGGCUCACCUGCCCAAGAUGAUGGGAAUCGGCCGCGACAGCAGCCCGUGCCCAGGNGUUCCACGCGAGUCAGGAAACGCCUCGAGUUUGCGUCCAAAUAUAGCUUUAAGUAA